UGUGCCUCUUGACAAUCUCAGCAAAUCACCAAUGGUGGAAAUCCGCUCGUGCAUAGGAUCGUGAGACAUGUCUACCUUAUAUAUGCAGCAGCUCCUGUUCAAAACUUUCCUCAGAUGUCCAAUGUAUCCUUCUCUCGACCAUUAAUCCACCCCAUCCCAAACAUGGGCAAAUUGACGCUCAUCUUCCUUCCAGGCACCGUCGUAUGUCUAGCAAUUCUCUGGCAGGUGGUACUCCGAGAUACUCUCUUCAUCACAUUUGGAAUUGGUCGAACCCAUCAAAAGAUCGAAGAAUUCCCGUACCAAUGCCGCAGGCUUGAACACCCACUUCUCGACUCAUGCGAGGACAUGGUGCUAGAUGAAGAGGGAAGGACGUUAUUCGCUGCAUGUUCGUCUCUUGCGAGUAGGAGGGGCUGGAGUCCUGGGGGAGAUAAAUACAACCUCUCGGCACGAGACUUCAACGAUCACGUGUCCGUCCUCAACAUCGACGAACCCGGUCCAGAUGGUCUUUACGGUCUCCACAAGUUAGAAAUAACAGGCAACUAUGUUUCUGCAACUGGUGGCAACGAAAUUGAUGUCCAUGGCAUUGAAAUAGAAGUCCUCUCACCAACACGUCUUCGCUUCUGGAUGAACAAUCAUCGACCGCCAGUCGAUCCGAAUGGUAAUCUCCUAGAUGGUAAGAAUCUAGGAGCGAAUUCUACUAUUGAGGUGUUCGAGCAUACGAGGGGAAGCAAGAUGCUAGAACAUGUAAAGACGAUAUUCCAUGAGACGGUGUCGACGCCGAAUGGGCUGUUGGCGGAUGGGAAUGGAGGGGUAUAUAUCACCAAUGACCAUGAUUCGAAGACUGGAAAGUUCCGCUUCUUAGAAAUGAUUUUUGGCGGCGGUAGUCUCACUCACUGCACUCUCUCCGGUGACUGCCACCACGCUUUCACAGAAGGCUUCAAAUUCGCCAACGGCAUCACAGGCGCCUUCUCUCCACCCAACACCAAAAACAACAACACAAUCUACGUCGCAAAUUCCGCCAAAGGCUUCAUAUCAACCUACACCCCCUCCCCAAAAUCCAACGGCACACUCACCCGCGGACCUGACAUCCCCCUUGGUAUUCCCGUCGAUAACCUCAGCAUCGACUCCAACGGCGAUAUCUUCGCAGCCUGCUUCCCGGACGUGUUGGCUCUGGUUGCUAAUCUCGAGGGACCGAUUGUGGAGAAGGAGAAGAGGAGAGAAAUUCCGAGUACGGUGUUGAGGAUUAGGAGGGUUGAUGUAGUGAAUGGAGAAAGGGAGUGGAAGGUGGAGAAGGUGCUGGAGGAUAUUGAGGGGAAGUUCUUACCUGGCGCGACGGUUGCGGUGCAUGAUGUGAAGACGGGGAGCUUUUGGCUGGGUGGGGUGGCGGGUCCGUUUGUGACUGUUUGUGACAGGGUCAGGUGA